GUGUGUGUGUGUGCGCGUGCGGAUUGCCCUGCCAUAGACUGGUGUCCCAUCCUGAGAGGUCCCAGGGAUUGGAUCUGCACCCCCACCACCCAGUCAAGGAAACCGUGAUUGACAGCACGCGCCCAGCGUAGGGGUCCCACGUCCGGCGAGCGGGUGCGAGAGAGUCGGCGCAGCGGCGGGAGCGGAGCGCUCCCUCAGGGCAGCACACGCCAACCGCCCGACCAUGACCCCGGAGAAGAAGAGGAACGAGGCGGGCCUUCCUGAUGGUGGCUGGGGCUGGAUGAUCGUGGCCAGUUGCUUCUUGGUCACCAUCUGCACCAGGGCCGUCACCAGGUGCAUCUCCAUCUUUUUUGUGGAGUUCCAGAUGCACUUUGGUCACGACUACGCGAGGACGGCGUGGAUACACUCGCUGGUGGAUUGCAACACCAUGCUCUUCGCGCCUCUCGGGAGCCUCGUCGGGAACAAGCUGUCGUGCCGAAUUGCCGUGAUCUCGGGGGGCUUCUUGGCCUCUGCCGGCCUGGUCACGAGCUCCUUUGCAACCAGUCUGGAGUACCUUUACCUCACCCUCGGGGUCCUGACAGGUGUGGGAUUUGCCCUCUGCUACACGCCGGCCAUCACCAUGGUGGGGACGUAUUUCUGCAAGAGGAAAGCUCUCGCCUACGGGAUCGCCAUGUCGGGCAGCGGCAUCGGGACCUUCCUCCUGGCCCCCGCAGCACAGCUCUUGAUCGAGCGCUACUCGUGGCGUGGCGCGCUCCUGAUCGCCGGGGGCUUCGUGGCUAACCUGUGCGUCUGUGGCGCCUUGCUGAGGCCCGUCGCUCCCAACGGCGGCCUGACAACCACAGCCGCGUCGGCGGACUCCGAGGAUGCGUCGGAGGUCCGGCAGGGCUGCGACCCCUGCUCCUGGCUCCGAGGAGAGCGCGGCUUCCUGCUGAGACCCCGCUUUGUGGUGCUGGCUGCCUCUUUUGUCCUUCUGGCCACCGGCUGCAGCCUGCCCUUCGUCUACCUGGUCCCCUACGCCCUGGAUGUGGGCGUGAGCUACCAGCAGGCCGCCUUACUCAUGUCCAUCCUCGGGGUGAUCGACAUCGUGGGUAAUCUCACAUUUGGAUGGCUCACCGACAGAAGGUGUCUGAGGCAGCACCGUGGGAUGUGCUACAUGUUGGCGGUUGCCCUGGAGGGUCUGUGCUGCCUCGUCGCCCCCCUGCUGCAGAGCUUCGGCCUCCUGGUGCCCUUCGCCGUGCUCUACGGCUACUUCGACGGGGCCUACGUGACUCUCAUUCCGGUGGUGACAUCGGACGUUGUCGGACCCUCGCACCUCUCCUCGGCCCUGGGGGUCGUGUAUUUCCUGCACGCUUUUCCCUACCUCUUCAGCCCACCCGUCGGAGGUUGGCUGGUGAACAGAACUGAGUCCUACACAGCGACCUUCUUCCUCAGCGGCUUCACACUGCUCUCAAGCUCCCUGCUGCUGGGCACGGCCGCGGCGGUCCGACGGUGUCGGAAGACGAGUAUGGUCGUCACAGACAAAUAUCCCAGAUGGGACCUACUUAUCAGGAACCAAAAAGCUGAACUAAAAAGCUGA